UAAUAUUUCGAGAAUUACUUAUAUGUUGAGAAUCGCCUAUUGCUUCUCAAACCACGUCAUUGCUGCCGUGUUUGGUGUUAUUUUCACGUUUUGUGCUAACCCGGCCAGCCCGGCACGUCCCUGUCACAGCGCUGCAGCCCAGCUCGGGCAGCAUUACCCGACUGGUUAUAGCAGUGCUCUUUGUUUGGUUUGGGUUUUUUUCUUUUUCCCUUUGGACUUUGUGAGGUAAGAGGAUAAAAUCUUUGUCGAAAGGUUUUUCUUGGGGUCUAUAUUAAAGCUUUAUGGAAUGGAUAAAAAGGUAAUUACUUUAAUCGCUUGGGGGUUUUCACUGUUUGCGUUCGUGAAGUGCCUGCAAUCCUCGGGGUUCCCAAAACAGCCCCUCAGCUGGGCCCUGGCCCCGGGAGCAGGGGCUGUAACACAGACGGACAUUGCAGAAUCCCAAUUAAAGAAACGAGGCCAAGCAAGGGCAUAUUGGGCUGGAAGGCAAAUGGCUGGUUUUGCAAGAGCGAGUGAUCACACGAGUUUUGGGACCACUUCGUCCUAACGCUGAAAAGCUGGUGCCUAAUGCUGUGCAGGGUAGGAAGUGAAAAGAUGAACUCGGGAAAUGUUCCCAAGGAGUUAAAAUGUAACGUGUUUGGGAGACAGAAGAGAGUAAAAAGGUAUCUAGAGAUAAAUGAGUAUUUAAUGAUUAACAGAAGGACAGUCAUGUUUGCUAAGAAUAUCUAAAAAUGACUGUCAAGAAGUCAGUGCACUUUCUUCUAGGCCCUGUCAGCAAUUACCAGCUGAGAUGACCUGGUCGUUGUACUUGAAGCCCAGGCAAUUGUAAUAGGUUAGGUAUCAGAUUUUUGUUGGACUUUUGAGUGGGUGUAUUUAUACUACUCUGAGUAGUAGUUUUAGAUUGAGAUAGAAUUUAUGAUAUUAAUAUUCCUUUUAUAAAAUUUGUCGCAUGUGUCAGAAAGUGUCACUGCAGUGAUAAGAAAAAUAAUCCGACAAGUUUUCUUUUUGAUUUAAAGUGCAAAAGGUUCAGGAACUAAAUCCGAGCUUGUUUCGCAAACAAACUACAUUUGGAUUAUUUCAAUUUCAGUAAUCCUAGAUAAAGUAAGAUUUUUUUUUUUUUUGUAUGCUUUAACUUGGAGUGGAAACUCUGCCAGUCUGGCUUGAAGUGUUCCUCCCGUGGUUUUAGGGUUGGGUCAGUGUACCUUGGCAAAUGCAGUCAUUCUCAUUUGCUGGGUUCAGAGAGGUGACCUGUGACAGCAGCCGUUCAGCUCUCGUGUUCCUGCUGUGCACUUGCCCCCAGUAGAUUUACAGAUUUAGUUUUUAAAGUGUUUGAGUAAAAGGUCUUUCUCGCUGCCAGUUGGUGAGACCUGCACCCAGUGCUUACACAAUACAUCUAAAACACUAAACCAGACCUUCCCCUGCACUUACCCCCAGCGUGGACCUCCUGAGCUCCCGGCUGUCCCAGUGUCCCGCGUGCCUCUCGGAGGAACAGUUUCACCAGCUCAUGUACCUUCACCUCCUCGUCUUCUUCAGGAAGCUGACUUGCAGAUUUCAACAGGAAAAUUUCCUUGACCUCGUGUCUGGGUAGUUCUUGAGGAUGGCAAGCAAAGGAUCCACAGCUUCUGCAUCAACCAAGAGCUCCAGCACUGGAGGGACCAGUGGCAGCAGCAGUAACGGUCCUGGGGACAACACUAAUCAGGACAACACUUUUGAAUGUAACAUCUGCUUGGACACUGCCAAGGAUGCAGUGAUCAGCUUGUGUGGGCACCUCUUCUGUUGGCCUUGUUUACACCAGUGGCUAGAGACCAGGCCAAACAGACAAGUGUGUCCUGUGUGCAAAGCAGGAAUCAGUCGAGAUAAAGUUAUUCCUCUGUAUGGAAGAGGCAGCACCGGGCAGCAGGACCCCAGAGAGAAAACUCCACCACGACCCCAAGGACAGAGACCUGAGCCAGAGAACAGAGGGGGAUUCCAGGGCUUUGGCUUUGGUGAUGGCGGCUUCCAGAUGUCCUUUGGAAUUGGGGCGUUUCCCUUUGGUAUAUUUGCAACAGCCUUCAACAUAAACGACGGGCGACCUCCUCCAGCUGUUCCAGGGACUCCUCAAUAUGUGGAUGAGCAGUUCCUUUCCCGCCUCUUCCUGUUUGUGGCACUGAUGAUAAUGUUCUGGCUGUUGAUUGCAUAAAUCUUUUCCAUUAUUCUAUAUGUUCAUGACCAACAAGGCCACUGAAACAGUUACAAACUGCAUCCCCAUCCCACUUUAAACCUCUUGGUCUGGUUCCGUAGCUAACUAUGGGCUUCAGGAAUUGGUGGUACCACAGCACAAUGAGGAAUCUCGCAUUUUGCACCGGAGUUGGAAAUUAAACAUUGGUUAAAAAGCGUAUUUCAGCUCAGCUGUCUUGUACGACAGGUUCCUGCCACAAACCACGGGCCUGGUGUUGAGCUGUGCUCCCAGAGGGAGUGCUGCUCUGAAAUCCUGUGCCAAUCAGGGACACCAGGUCUGUGGGACAGACAGGGACCCCCAGGUAGACUGGGCAGGUCAGGAAACUUCUCCAGCGUGACCAGUAUCUCAUGCUUUGCAACCACAAUGGAUCUGCCAGAGCUGCAGAUGUUAUUUAAUGUCUCCAUCAACAUCCAGCCUUCUCCAGGAAAUCACCUGCAGCACUGCUGACACUCUUUGGGCACAGCACGUGGUGCAAAUGGAACCAGGUCCGGAGACCGGUUCCUUUUCCUGCUGUUAUUUCCCGGCGUGAUGGGAACUCCUUCCUGACGCGGUUCUGCCUGGAAGAAGGGAUACAAAUUUAUGCUGCAAUUUUUUAAAGCCUGAACGUGCUGGAGCCAGACACUGGAAGAUUCUCUGGCUGUGGAGCCGGGUGAGGCUGGACACAGCGGCUGCCUCACCCCGCCCAGCUCCUCACUGACCAGCAGUGUUGUCUCCCCUGGCUCUGCACAGCCCCGGGGCUGCACUCGUGGAUAAUCCCCUCACCCUCACAACCUCGUCACGGUAGCGACAGUUAUCCCCUGCCAAGGCUGGGAGACUUUCUAUGCGAGGUCACGUACUCCAAAUAAAAUCCUAUUACAGAUCCGAGAUCAGCUCGUUGGGGGAGAGGAACAAAAGGCAUCUUUACAUGAGGUUUGAGGUUAAACCUGUCAUACUGUAACAUUGCACAGGAGGAAAAAUGAGAGCCUGCCUUUGCCAGCACGUGCACGGUAGGGAACCCUUGGAAGGCCUUGUCUCUGCAGGUCACACAGCUUCUCCGAGCCACAGCGGCACGGCUGCAGCACAAGAGUCUCUGCAGUAUCUACCAAAGAGCUUAAUUUGAAGUGCUGGAGGAGACCACAACCAUGAAUGUGCUGAGGGGAUAUUUCAGAAGGUGAGCACUCUGUAGCCAUUUUGGAAUCCUGCUGGGUAUUCAGCUUUAAAGAGUACUCCUGAUGUAUUUGUGUAGAUUCCUUCAGGACAGCAGAUACGAGAGAUUCCCUAGCAAGAUGAACAGUUUUCAUAUUUCUCUGACUAGGCAAUUCCAUUUUUUUUUCCUCUUAUUGUUUCUAGAUUGUUUUGAUUCAGGUCGCUGAUAGUCUCAUUAAUUUCCUGCAAGAUGAAUAUUGUGACUUCUCUGGCAAUAGACAGAAAACUGACAAAACAAAUCAACAAAUAGGAACUUUGUUUCAAUAGCUUGGGGUUUUUCUAGUGUAUAUGGAAGAGGUUCCUGGGCAGGACACCUUAAUUGUUGUAGAAGCUUAUUUAUGUGAUUACAAACUGUUCACUUUUAGUGUCAAGACAGAGGAUGACUGAAGUUUAACUUGCCUACCUCCAAAACUCUAUCUGGCAAGUAGAAUGUUGCAAAGCUUCUGCAGUGUUUUGCCACAUGUGGUCAAAUUUAUACCUGACUGGGUGAUAAUCCGGCACAGUGUAUUGCUCAACUAUUUAUAGUUGAAGUGGUGCUUCAGCUUUUGUUGUGUGGCGCUUUUGGGAAGCUGAACUUCUGCACGGGGUUCUUCUCAAGUGCAUAACGUGUAACUGGGGCCCUUUCCAGGAGAAAGGCUGUUUGUGUGGCCGUCCUGCAAUGUCUCAGCUCCGGGUUCUUCUCCUGCUCAGCCAGCACCACCUGCUGAUGGGAAGGGAAGGCCCAUGUGGUGGGAAGGGAUGGAUUCCUUCUCUUUUUUGUGUGGAGAAAGUCGCUGCUGGGAGCACAGGUCGUCCAGGGAGGAGCAGGGUAUCCCUUGGAAGCCUUUUUCCAAUAAAGAGGACAGAGAACUGACUGCAAUAGGUUCAAGAGGUAUUGAAACAUAUUUAACUAACACUUAUGUUUUAAAAGACGGAAUUUUAAUGUAUUGAGGGGGGUUCCAUCUAUGGGUGAGAGAUAUAAUGGAUUUAGAGGAGACUGCAGAAACAUGACUGAGAGCUCUUAUUUUCGGGCAAUUCCAGGAUGAAAUAGUCUAAAAGUGUUAAUGCUUGGUUCCCCCCUUUCCCCGGUGUGCUUUUGUAUGUACCCCUGUCCCGCACCCGCCCGCACCCGGCCCGGACGGCUCGGUUAGUGCGUUACCGUUCCUUCUCCUCCUCCUCCUCCUCACUAAUUUUCACUGUUGUGAAAGUGAUUUAGAAUUAAAAAACAAAUGGUUUUACAUUGA